AUGAGCCGCCAUGAUGUUCCGCUCAUUCCUUUCCCAACCAAUGAUCGAAAGGAUCCCUUACGCUGGCCAUUUGCCCUCAAACUAGCAGCCAUUGUGACAACAUCUCUGGUUAAUUGUGUCUCGAAUAUGGGAGGGUCUGGAAUUUCUGUUGCGAUACCGCUCCUUAUGCAGGAGUUCCAUAAGUCUCAGUCGGAUGCGACCCAAGUCCUAACGUUGAACUUCCUUUUUCUCAGCAUUGGAAACAUCUUCUGGGUACCGGUUGCAAUGAAAUUCGGCAAACGAGCCUCCCUUCUGUCCUCGACCCUCAUGCAGGCGGCUGCAGCCGGUGAGAGCAUUGUUCCUGAAGUCGUAUCAGACACCACCUUUGUCCACCAACGAGGAGCUAUGAUGUCUAUUUACGUUGUGCUCAUCUCAGGAGGAAGUGCAGUCGGUCCACUCAUUUCCGGCUUCAUGACUACAAGAACCAGCGAGACAUGGCGGUCCUUCUCGUGGUUUUGCUUUGGCUUGGCCAUCUUCAAUGCCAUUCUGAUCUUCCUAUGCUACCCCGAAUCCAACUUCACCCGACCCGAGCUCGACUCGACUACUGACCAGCUAGAGACGGCGCGAAAGGGAGAGAUCCACAAAGAAUCCGAGAAGGCACCCAAGGAGGAGUUCUAUGAGGAUGCAAGGGUAGCCUCCCCAACAGGGACGGGUUACACUAUCUACACUCCCUCUAUCUGGGAGAUUAUACCACCAUUCUCAUACAACACCAAUGUCAACUUCCUGAAAUCCAUGAUCCAUCCACUCAGGCUCCUGGUCCACCCAUCUGUGUGGUGGGGGAUCUUCAUUUACGCCAUCACACUGAGCCCGCAGGUGAUCAUGAUUUUCACGAUGUCCGCUUUCCUCGCACCGCCUCCCUAUCUUUUCUCGACAGAGCAAGUUGGUAUGAUGCAGAUUGCAGCUAUUGUCGGUUUCAUGCUCGCCUGCUUCGGUGGCGGCUUCCUAUCCGAUGUCAUCAACCGCAUCAUUGUCCGCCGCUCCUCGGAUCAGAACAUGUGGCCAGAGCAGCGCCUGGUUUCCCUUGUCCCGGGUAUGGCAUUUGGGCCUGCGGGUUGUAUUCUCGUUGCCUUCGCUUGUGGUAACCAGCUCCACUGGAGCGCUAUUGCCGUCGGCUACGGUCUCUUAUCGUUUGGAUCAGUCUAUACGCCAAACAUCGUCGUCACAUACAUUGUUGACCGCCAUCAAAAAGAUGCGGCCGAAUGUCUUGUCUUGGUCAACAUUUUCAAGAAUCUGGUCGCAUUCCUUUUCCUAUAUGUGGCGGUCGACUGGGCUCAGAAAAACGGUUAUAUUCAGGUCUACAUGAUCAUGUUCAUGCUGAAUGUUGUCGUCAUACUCUGUGGUGUACCAAUCUACUACUACGAUUCUAGGAACCGCCGCAACGUUGAACGUGCAUGA